AUGACCGUCGCAGAACAUGACUUCCCGGUGCCAUCAUUCAGAAGGCUUAUGGCACUGAACCUCCCUGAGUGGAAGCAAGGGCUUCUCGGUUGCUCGGGAGCGGUUCCGUUCGGUGGGAUUCAGCCUGUCUACGCUUUCACCAUGGGUUCCAUGAUAUCUGUGUUUUUCUUGUCCGAUCAUGACGAGAUCAAACGCAGGAAAGCCAUCUACUCCCUGAGCUUUCUCGGGCUCGCCUUUGUUUCCAUGGCUGUCAAUGUUGUGCAGCACUACAAUUUUGCUUACGUUGGGGAGUGUCUGACCAAUCGGAUCAGGGAGCGGAUGUUCUUAAGGAUUCUGACUUUUGAGGUUGGCUGGUUCGAUCAGGACGAGAACUCCAGUGGCACAGUAUACAAGGGGAGAGCACCAAGUUCAAGUGUUUUGAGCCAAGGAAGGAUGCACUGUCCCGGGUCUUUCAAGCUGUCUUUCCCGGCAAAGUGGAGAACUUGA